UAAAUGUAAAUAACUUUUGACUACUGAACAAAUCUGUCGGGAAAUCCUGCAUUUAAGUGUAAAGUUUUUGAAGUGCAAAUAUUACGACGCUAUGGAGAAUAGUGCAAAUGAUUUUAUACCAAGAGCUUAUCAAAUUGAUUUAUUUGAAAUAGCGCUUAGAGAAAAUACGAUUGUUUACUUACCAACAGGCACUGGAAAAACAUUUAUUGCUACUAUGCUUAUAAAAGCAUUAAGUGCAGAUAUACGAAAACCUUAUAAUGAAGGUGGCAAACAUACUAUAUUCAUAGUUAAUACAGUAGCUUUAGUUGACCAACAAAGUAAAUAUAUUGCAAGAAUGAUUGGUUUGUCCUGUGGUGCAUUGAAUGGUACAUUAAAAUGUGACUUCUGGAAAGAGACAGAAUGGAAUAUGCAAUUACAAAAACAUCGGAUUUUUGUAAUGACAGCAGACAUUUUACUGAAUGCACUUACUCAGGGUUAUAUAUUUUUAAAUAGAAUAAAUUUAUUAAUUUUUGAUGAAUGUCAUGCAGCAGUAAAUGAUCAUCCUAUGAGACAAAUUAUGAAAUGUUUUACACAUUAUUCUAAGGAGGAGCACCCAAGAAUUUUGGGAUUAACAGCAGUACUAAUAAAUUGUAAUGUAUCUUUGACACAAAUAGAGUCACAUAUCCAGUGUUUGGAAACCACAUUUCAUGCAAGAAUAGCUACAGUAGAUACACCAUUGAACAAAUAUGCAACACCGAAAGAAAUAAUAGUUGAAUUUGAUAACUAUAUUAUACCAGAUGUGGGAAUACGUAUAAAUAAUAUAUUAAACGAAAUCAGUCACGUUUUAAAGCAUAUAGUUUUAAAAGAUACCUUGAACAAUCUAGAAACAAGUACAAUAUUUAGACCAAAACCUAUGAAAAAAAAAUUGAGUAUCAUUGUAAAAAAUAUGCAGGAACAGCUUUCAAGUUUAGGAAUUUAUGGUGCAAGUAAAUGUGCUUUGAUUCAUUUAAUUCAAUUAGAACAUAUAAAAAAAGGUAUAAUACAUGAGAGCACUAUAUGUACUUUGGAAUAUCUGGUAGCGCAAAUAACAAAAUGUAGGAAAUUACUAGAGGAUGAAAUGAAAGAUCAUACAGAAAUAGAAAAAAUUUACAAUUAUUCUUCUGAUUCUGUUCGAAAAUUGUUUACAAUAUUGAAAGAUUAUCAUAAUAACAACAUUAGUAAGUUGAAAUUUUGCUGUAUUAUUUUUGUACAACGACGAUUUACUGCUAACUUGUUAUAUCAGAUAUUGAAGAAUUUAUGUGAAUGUGAUGAAGAAUAUAAAUUUUUGCAACCUGACUAUGUGACAGGUUACAAUAGAAACCCUUAUAGUACUUCUAGAGAAUUAUUAUGUCUAUCAAAAUGGAAUAAUGAAGCUUUACACAGGUUUAAAAAUGGUUCCACAAAUUGUCUUGUUGCAACAGAUGUUGUAGAUGAAGGUGUAGAUAUAACUUUAUGUUCAUUAAUUGUAAGAUAUAAUAUGCCCCUCACUAUGAGGGCAUAUGUUCAAAGUAAGGGAAGAGCAAGGCAUAGCAUUAGUCAAUAUACAUUAUUGUUACCAAAAGAUGAUCUUUCUAAUUUAAAACGAUAUCAAUCUUUUAAAGCAAUGGAACAAUACUUGCAACAGGUCUAUCUUCAAUUACCAAAUCUAUCACCAAUAAAAGAUGGUAUUAUUGGUGAUCCUAUGCCUAAUAUUACUUCUGCAAAGAGGUCGGUUGCUCUGAAGAUGUGCAUAGAAUUACAUAAAAUUGGUGCAAUUACUGAUAAUUUGAAACUAAACCGAAUGAAACCAGUAACAGAAAACAUGAAUUAUUUAUUUCCAAACUGGAUAGAUGAACACGAAACAGAAGACACUGCAAUAAUUGGAAGAUACCAAAAAAAAAGAUCUUAUAAAUUACAAUUUCCACCAGCAUUAUAUGGUGCAUUCCCUCUUCCAGUAGUGACACUAUAUCUUCAUCUUCUUCAUGCUAAACCCAACUAUUCUGUAUCAAAUGAUGAUAAUCGACAUUUGGUACUUUAUAAUUUGUUACAUAAUGAUUCAGGUUUUGGAAUACUUUCUACAAAACAAAUGCCAGAGAUACCAUCUUUUCCAAUUUUUAUGAGAGUUGGUGAAUUAAAUGUCGACGUUAAAAUAAAUUACACAACAUUACAUUUAUCUAAAGAAGAAAUUGGUUAUCUCAAAGUUUUUCAUACUUUGAUAUUUAAUGAAAUUGUACCAAUUAUAAAAUCUUUUAUGGUGUUUGAUAAUUAUAAUCUCGAUAAUUGUUUUUUAAUUGUACCAGUUGAUGAAGACAAGAACAUAAAUUGGAAAGUUAUAAAGCAAUAUAAUUGUAUUAGACAUAUUUCACCACCAGUUCCUUUUCAUUUUGAAAAGGAUUGUAAUGAUUAUGAACUAGCAUUAGUUAUGCCCAAUUAUAGAGCUUCCUCAAACAUGUACAUUGUUACUAAAGUUUGUGACGAUCUAACGCCAAAAUCAUGUUUUCCAAACGAUGAUUUCUUUACAUAUGCCGAUUAUUAUAAAGAAAAGCAUGAUUUGGUAAUAAAUGAUUUAUCCCAGCCUAUGCUUGAAGUAAAAGCAAUAUCAAACAACAUUAAUUAUAUAAUACCUAGGCAAAUGCAAAGUGAAUCAAAGAAGCAUAGAUGCAUAGAUUCGUUAAAAAAUUUUAGAGAACAUUUAGUUCCAGAGUUAUGCAGUAAAAUUAACUUCCCAGCUUUAUAUUGGCUUAAAGCAACAUUAUUACCAUCUAUUUUGCAUAGAAUUUCACAACUUUUAAUUGCAGAAGAUUUAAGAUACACUAUUGCAACAGAAAUUAAAUUAGGAUCAUUAUCAAAUAAUAAUAAAUGGCCUCCUCUAUUAUUAACUGGUGAAGAGGAGGAAGAAGUUGGGGAAGAAUCUGUUGAACCUUUAUUAGACAUUCCUUCUAUAGAAAAUGUUGACAAUUUACAAUCAGAACAGACUUUAAAUGAAAGAGAAACAGAUAUAUUAAACAUAGAAUUGUGUGAUUAUCCAUGGUCAAAACAUGAAGAACCUCCAAAUUUGUAUAGGAAUAAAUCAGAUAAUGAAGAUAGUAAAAUAAUGAGAAAUAACAAAGUUAAGUUCAUAAAUACACCAUCAGUAUCAGUACCACUUUUAAAAAUUAUGUCAUUAAAAGAUCCACAUGAACCUAUUGAUCCUGUUCAGAUUAUGUAUGCAUUAACAACCAAAAAGGCACAUGAUGCAUUUAACUUGGAACGUCUAGAAUUCCUGGGAGAUUCAUAUUUGAAAUUUAUUAUAUCUUUAUUUUUGCACGAACGUUAUCCGCAAUAUAGUGAAGGUGAAUUAACAACGUUAAAAGGACAAUUAGUUGGAAAUCGUAAUCUUUACUAUUGUGGAAUUAAGAAAUACAUUCCUGGACGUAUGAAAGUUGAUGAUUUUAUGCCAUUCAGUAAUUUUGUAGCUCCAGCUUAUGCAGUAUUUAGACAUCUUCAACAGGUGUUAUUAGAUGCAAAAGUAUCACCAAAUGUUUUAUACGAAAUUCGAAUACCUCAUAAUGAACAAUUUGAUGGACACAUAAGCGAAGAUACAAAAUGUAUGAUGCAAGAUAAGGUUCUGAAUUGGGAAACAGCAGAAUCACAAACAGGUAUGGAACAUUAUCUUGGGAUACAAACUGUUUCUGAUAAAUCAAUAUCUGAUUGCAUGGAAGCAUUGAUUGGUGCAUAUCUCCAAAAUGUAGGUAUUAAGAAUACUGUAACUUUGUUAAAGUGGUUUCAAAUUUUGCCAAAUGAAAGUGAUAUUAGUGAAGUACUAUAUAGUACUCCAGAAAAUCCAAUAAUUGCUGAAGGAAAUAUAAACCAUCUUAUGCCUUGGGCUUCUGAUAUAGAAACAAAACUUGGGUAUAAAUUUAAAAAUCGAGCGCUUUUAUUACAGGCUUUUACGCAUCCAUCAUAACAGCUAGUUGCACUUUUUAAUUUUAUUUUAAAUUUUUUAAUUACUGUUUAUAUUUAUGAGAAUUGCGGAAAUUUAAAUCCUGGUGCUCUAACAGAUCUAAGAUCUGCUCUUGUUAAUAAUAUCACCUUUGCUUGCUUGACUGUACGACAUGGCUUACAUACUGGAUUGUUAUUGUAUGCACCAAUAUUAAAUAAUGCUAUAGAACGUUUUGUCAGGUUUCAAGAAGAAAGGAAUCAUGUUGUGAAUGACGAGCUUUUAUGGAUUUUGCUGGAGGAGCCGAAACAUACUGUUGCUGAACAUGUAGAUAUUCCUAAGGUUUUAGGAGAUAUAUUUGAGUCUUCAAUAGGCGCAAUAUACUUGGAUAGUGGUAAAAAUCUUAUGACAGUAUGGAAAGUAAUAUAUUCCAUUAUGCAUACAGAAAUUGAUGAAUUUAGCAAAAAUAUUCCAAAACAACCAAUUCGUGUGUUAUAUGAAACUCAAGGUGCACGACCACAAUUUUUAAAUUCAACUGUUAUCGAAGGUACAAAUACUGUUAUGGUUCCUUUGAAAGUAUUUGUUGCUGGAAAGGUGAAGUUUUUCUAUGGAUGUGGUGGAAAUAAGAAACAAGCUAAAUGUGCUGCUGCAAAACAAGCUUUAAAAAGUUUGUUGUGUAAAAUAUAA